AUGUCCGUUGAUGGUACAGUUAUGGUGCCAAAGCCUGCUUUGGUGUCUGUCUCUUCAAAUGAAUCAUCAAAAAAAGAAACAAAUGAAUCUGCUAUACCAUUUACUUGGGGAAGUUAUUUGAUACAAGAAGGUUCUCAAGCAGCACCUGUUAGUUAUUUCAAGCACGCUCCGUUAGCAGAAAUAUGGUCUAAAUUAACGCCCGGGAUGAAAGUGGAAGUAUUAAAUACUGAUUGUGAAAACAAAGAAAAAAUAUUUUGGUUUGCAACUGUUAUUAAAUUCGAAGGUUAUUUGGUGUUGUUACGAUACGAAGGAUAUGAGGAUGAUGACAGCCAUGAUUUUUGGUAUAACUUAUGCAAUAAAGAUGUACAUACAGUGGGAUGGUGUGGACAGCAUGGAAUCAAACUUGCUCCACCACAUAAUAUUGAAAAUCGUCAGACUGAUUGGAAGACGUUUCUAGUGAAUAAAUUAACCGGUGCAAAAACUCUUCCAGAUAACUUUCGUAAGAAGAUACAAGAUUCAUUACGUUGUCCCUUCAAAAAGAAUAUGGUGCUCGAAGUUAUUGAUAAAUAUCGCGUUUCUCGUAUGCGAGUUGGAAAAAUUUCUGAUGUUAUUGGAGGACGACUAAGAAUUAAUUAUGAAAAUACAGCUGGUGAACAUUUUUGGGUACAUCAUAAUUCUGAACUAAUACAUCCAGUUGGUUGGUCUACUGCUACCGGACACGAAAUUGAUGCUGACGAUGCUUACAAAAACGAAUCUUCUAAAAUAAUGCAAACAAAUGCGUACAAUAAUACUUACGCUAGCCCAAACUUAUUUCGCAAAACACCUGUGAUUGUCGAUUCACUGAAUGAAUGUUUCAAAGUUGGAAUGAAACUAGAAGCCGUUGAUCCACUGGAAAUGUCUCGAAUAUGUCCAGCCACAGUAUUGAAAGAUGGCUAUUUUAUGUUGUCAAUCGAUGGUAGUAGUGCAAAAGAUGGUUCAGAUUGGUUUUGUUAUCAUUCGAGUUCAACGUUAAUAUUUCCAAUUAAUUUUUGUCGUUCAAAUAAAAUGCCAUUAUCACCGCCUAUCGGCUAUCGUGGAGAAUUCGAAUGGGAAAAAUAUCUUAAAGAAACAAAUUCAUCUUAUGUACCAAAUAGUUUAUUUGGUAUUAUGAAAGACAAAACAAUAAAUCCAUUUAAAAUUGGGACGAAAAUUGAAGCUGUUGAUCUAAUGGCACCACAUCUUGUGUGUGUUGCAACAAUUGCCAAUGUAUUUGAUGGUUUAAUACGUAUACAUUUUGAUGGAUGGGAUGAUGACUACGAACAAUGGAUUGAUUGUGAAUCGACAAAUAUUAAUCCAGUUGGCUGGUGUGAAUUAGUCGGUUAUCGAUUAGAACCUCCAAAACAACAAGAACAAGAAAAUGGUGUAGAUCAUACAAAAACUCGAACGAAAAAAAGCAAAAAGCCAAAACGAAGACGAGUUAAUUAA